AUGCCAUUUCUCGCUCACUUACGACUCAGUCUCCAAAAAGCCACCCGUGUUCGCAACUACGUGACCAUGACCCCCACCAAGCCCUUGGUUCUGUUCUUUAGUCCUGUCCGACAUGCCCUAUCAACCUAUGAGCAGUUACAGCAAGUAGCUCAGACAGAGGUUGUGACGAGCCAGAGCCGCGAAGAAUUCUUUCAUGAUCUUACGACCAAGUACAAGGAUGUUUUUGCUAUCUAUCGGACGUCUGCUAGUGGCUCUGUCGCUGGUAAAUUCGACAAUGACUUCAUCAACCAUCUGCCCGCUAGUUGCCGGUACAUAUGCCACAACGGUGCCGGAUACGACCCUAUUGAUACCGCUGCCUGUGCCCAAAGAGGCAUCAUUGCUACUAACGCGCCGGAUCCUGUAACCGAUGCCACUGCCGACCUGGCCAUCUUCCUCCUCCUGGGAGCCCUCCGUCAGCUGAACCCAGCAAUUUCUUCGCUGCGUGCAGGAAAUUUCAAACAGGGUGUCAACUUUGGCCACGAUCCCCAGAACAAGACCCUUGGUAUUUUGGGCAUGGGCCGAAUCGGUCGCGCCAUCAAAUCUCGUUGCGAUCCAUUUGGUCUCAAGACAAUAUAUCACAACCGCAAUCCAUUGUCAUCACAGGAAGCAGCCGGUGCGACGUACGUUUCAUUUGAGCAACUUCUCGCCACGAGUGACAUUAUCAGUGUCAAUGUGCCCUUGACCCCAAAGACAAAGCACCUUAUUGGCGCGAAGGAAAUUGCCAUGAUGAAACCAGGCGUCGUGAUCAUCAACACAGCUCGAGGUGCUAUUAUCGACGAGGCUGCUAUGGCUGACGCCUUGGAGAGUGAUCACAUUGCUGCUGUUGGCCUUGACGUAUAUGAAGAGGAGCCCAAGAUCAAUGAGAAGCUCUUAAGGCAGGAGCGUGCCCUUAUGGUGCCUCAUGUGGGAACGCAUACUACUGAAACAUUGGCUAAGAUGGAAUCGUGGGCGAUGGAGAAUGUGCGGCGCGCAAUUACUGGGGAGGCACUACUUUCACCUGUCGCGGAACACCAACAUCUUGUCCAAUAA